AUGUAUGACCUCCUCACUGUUCUCGUGAACUAUUUCAUCACUGUUCUCAUGUAUGACCUCCUCACUGUUCUCGUGAACUAUUUCAUCACUGUUCUCAUGUAUGACCUCCUCACUGUUCUCGUGAACUAUUUCAUCACUGUUCUCAUGUAUGACCUCCUCACUGUUCUCGUGAACUAUUUCAUCACUGUUCUCAUGUAUGACCUCCUCACUGUUCUCAUGAACUAUUUCAUCACUUUCUCAUGUAUGACCUCCUCACUGUUCUCGUGA